UAAGCAUAUGCAGCUGACGAACGGAGGGUUUACACGACUGGAGAAAGCUGGAGAGAUCUACUGAAUGAAGGACACGUACACUGCUGGUGCCAUGGACGAGCCUCUCUGGACCUCAGUGUCAGGUGGAGCCCUGCAGUAAGAUGCUCGAGUCUAUGUUUGUCUGCAGUUCCCCUCCUGUGACCUCUCACCUUUGGCUGCUCAUUCUCUCCUGCUCUCUUCAUGGUCAACCAGCCCUGUCUGACCUGGUGUUCUCCACCCAUCCAGAGGAUGGUGUUGGUGUACUGGGUGCUCCCCUCACACUGUACUGUGCAGUGUAUGACUCCAGCAGCCAGGGGGAACUGUCUGUUAGAUGGGAGAGGGCCAGUGGAGAGCCAGCAGCAUUGAGUCCUGGUCCUCGCAGAGGGAUCCACCAAUUGGCCAACGGAUCUCUGUUCUUCCCCCAGCUGAGAGAGGGGGACCUGGGGAGAUAUGUCUGUAGCGCUGGCAUUGGAGCCAAACACAUCAUGACUGUUGUCCAAGUGAUGGAAGCUGACCUGGAGGGGGUGUUCUUCAGUCCUCAGUCUCAGACAGUCAGUGAGGGUCGGGCAGUGUUCCUCCAGUGUGUCUCAGGGGACAGCUCCCCCCCAGCACACAUCACCUGGCUCAAAGACAACACACUCUUCACCAAAGGCGCUCAGAUUCAGGGUCAAUAUGGAGGGGGUAACCAGAGGAAGACCUCAGGCACUCUUCACCUCUCUAAUGUCUCAAUGGAGGACGACGGGGAAUAUGUCUGUGUCACACACAACGCCUUACUGAACACCAGCCGGGAAAGCAAGGCAGCUACACUCAGAGUACAAGGAGUCCCUACAAGGCUGCAGAUCACUCAGGGCCCUGACAACAUCACAGUUGCCAUAGAGACGGAGGCCUCCAUGCGCUGUGCUGUCCGAGGCUUCCCACCUCCCACAGUGCAAUGGUUCAAAGACAGCCAUCUCAUUGUGAACAACUCUGCCUUGAGUCUGCAGAACAAGGGACAGCUGCUUGUUUUCAAGAACGUGUCUGAGGAUGAUGAGGGUUCCUACCACUGUGAGGCCAGGAACAAGAGGGAGACAGUCAGGUCUCAGACUGCCUUUCUCCUUCCAGCAGUGAUGGGGUGGACCUUUGUCCAGCAGCCUACCAACAAGGCUGUGAAGAUGGGAGAGUCUGUUACUCUGGUUUGUAGACCCCCCUACAGCAGGCCUCCAACAACAGUGUCCUGGUUCAAAAACAACCGCCUCCUCGCUCCCAAGACACACUUCACUGUCAGGCCUAGUGGAGACCUCAUCUUCCACAGUGUCUAUGACACAGACAGUGGAGUCUACUUCUGCAGAGCAUCCAAUGUCCACCUGAACAGAUCUGUGACCUCCAGAGCUGCCAGACUGACCGUUCUGGCAUCUCCCUCGGUGAGGCUGUGGCCCCCAGUGGUGACGGUCCCUGUAGGGGCCCAGGUGGUGUUCCAGUGCCAGGUCUGGGGACAGCCCCUCCCCUCCAUUGUCUGGUCCAAACAGGGACGCUCCAUUCAGACUGGUGGCAAGAUCGCUGUGGGCGUGAGAAACACUACCCUCUACAUCCUGUCUGUCAGGAGUUAUGAUGAGGGCACGUACACUUGUGAAGCUUCCAACACUGUGGGGCAUGACCGGAGAACAGCUACUUUACGUGUCGCUGUAAGCCCCAUCAUAGUGUCCUUCCUGGGGGCAGUGAGCAGCUCAGAGGGGUCCUCUGUGGUCCUGCCAUGCAGGGCAGUGGGGGACCUCCCCAUCAGGUACACCUGGACCAGGGGACACUCCAUUACUCCAACCCUGGAGAGGCAUGUAGAUGAUGAGGGGGCUCUGCAUAUCUCCAGUGUUCAGGUGUCUGAUGCAGGGGACUAUCACUGUACCGCUGAGAACAUAAUGGGACGACAGCAGAGAAGAGCCACCCUCACCAUCUCUGCUGAAGAUGACCCAGCUGAUAGAGAAAGGCAGCAUAGACAGAUUGUGUCUGCAGUGAGUAAUAAUGAGGUUCCAAAGACUGAAGCAGAGCAGAGAACGCCCCUGUCCAGUAGUGAUCUGAGUCUAGUUCAGCAUUCUGAGAUGACCCACUCACAUGUCUCCCUACAGGGAGGAAGCACAGUCCGAGCAACUCAAAGAGACUCAAGCAAUGACAUCACCCAAGUGUCUACUCCUGACACUCUACGACUGCUCUCGUCUCUCAGGCAGACAGCUUUAGGACUAGCAGGUCUCUUCAGAGGACAAACAGGACUGCUGGUUCCACCUGACCUUCACUCUCUGCUCCCAUUGGACCUGGCCUCGGUCAAUCCAACCCAGCCCCCAACACAGAUCCAGCAUCCAGUGCUACAACCCCCACCUCCACCUCUAUUUGAACCCUUAGACCUACUCACCCAGCCUUCAGUAACUCAUAGAGUCAUCUCACUCACUCAGAUUCAAAUAAUACAUAACCAGCCAACAUUAACACAAAACCCACCCCCAGUGACACAACGGCAGGUUUUAGUCCCACAUAGACAAUCUCCAUUAACACAGUCCGAAUCCCAAAGCCUCCACAACCAGCCAUCAGUCAUGCAUAUCCAGCGUCAAUUCACUGAGCAACCAAUUAAACCCCUAAAUCACAUUGGCAGUAUUACACAGUCUCUUGCCUCACUCCUGCAGCCUCCAGACUCUCCCAGCCACCCUUCUGAUCCCUUUACCCAGCGCCCUGAUUCUCUUACCCAGCCCAACGAACCUUUGACUCAGUCUCUACUCAUACAAAGCCUGCAUGCUCCCGACUCAAUCACUCAAACCCACCAUCCUGUAACUCAAAGUAAUCCUUCAGACCCACAUAUCCAGGAUCCUAGCACCAUCACCCUGUUUUCACUCUCACAAACCCAGACUCAACCAUCCAAAACUCAGCCUCAACCAUCACCAACCCAGCCUGAACCUACACAAACCCAGCGUACAGAUCUCCUCACCCAGCCUUCAGGCUCAAACACCCAUCUUCCUGACCUUAUCACCAUACCCCCCACCCCUGACCCCCAGGGCCCUAGUGCCCCCUAUGCCUCCACCCCAGACCCCCUGCAGCAGAACACGAGCCAGCCUACUAACCCAGCUCAUCCAGCCAAACCAACCAGGCCCAAUGACACAGAGCCCACAGAGUGGCUGAAGAAGAACACCUCUCAGUCCCCCAUGAGGACCAACGAGGACCCCAGAGUAAAGCCUCCUCCUCCGUGGCUUCCAGUGCUGGAGAAACAUGACAUCCCCAUCGUGGUGGGAGUGGGCGUGUCUAUGGCCUUCAUCUUCAUCACCAUGGCCUUCUACUCCCUGGUCCAGAAGAACGAGCCUGUACCCACUAUUAGAACCUUGUCUUCCACAGUUCCCAGGAACCUGGGCGUCUCAUGCAGACAUGCUGAACGUCUGGACACUGGGAGGACUUAUGAGAACAGGGCGUUUGAGGAUGAUGAUUUGGUGGCUGUGAUUGAACAAAGCCCCAAUAUAUCAGAUACACGCGCCAGGCCUCCUGCCCCCAGCCCAGUCACUGUGAUGAUAGACCCUGCCUCUGAUGAGACACAGCCCCCGCACACUCCAGAACACGCGUUCAUAGCAGAGACCUAUCCUGAGCCCAGCGAAGACACACAGCAGCUGUCUGGAUCCUCUCCACCUCAGGUUGACCCCUUCCUGGAUGAAGAGAAGGAAUGCAGCCUGUCUCACCCCAGCAUCCAGCUGCAGUGUGUGGAGGACUGGGGGGGCGGAGGAGUAGAAUACGGACAAUGCCAGGGCCAAGAAAUCCUACCCCAUUCCCCCUCUCUCUCUCCUUCCCCCCCUCCUGUGCGUGAGGAAAGCCUGCGCUCCUCCCUGACCCUCCAGACUGCUGAGCCCUAUGCCACGCCGGUCCGCCACAGUGUCAGCAUCUGCCACGGUAAUGCCCCCCUCCUCCUCUCCCACUGCAUCUCCCUGGGCCUUACCACCGUCGCCGUUGAUGUCCACUUCUACCCAGCAGCCCCUGCUUCCACCACCACGACGACUGUGGCAGCCGUCACCCAGAUCAAUGCUACCACCGCUGCUGCUCCAGGGCCCCAGCUCAGCUCUCAAUUGGCCCACAGUCAGGAGCAUGACCAAUCGGCUCCUAGCGUGCGCCAGAACUGUUACUUCUGUGCUGAAACCAAAGGAAGAUGUUAUGACGACAGGGCUUAAGUCCCAAAUGAGACCCAGCGGACCCAAAAUUGAGAUGAUCAGUGAUUUUAUGUUUUCAUUAUCUGGAUCAGUUAACUUUAUGUUCAGUGAAAUGUCUCAAUUUCAUGAAUUUCCUUUUCUACUGCCACGAAUUCAUCCCUCAGACAUUACUGUGUAACAAUUUAGAAUUCUGUUUUUCCAGUAUUUAUCAUUGUAUUUGUUUCAACAACAUGUACAGUACCAAUUGUUGCUAACAAUUACCAUGUCAACAGAAGUGAUUGUAAACAAAGGUUUUUAUUUUGUAAUCUUACAUAUUUAUUUUGGUGUAUAAAAAUAUCAAUCUUUAGUGAUCUUGUUACCUUUGUAUGGGUGAUAAAAUUGCAACUAAAAAUAUUAAAGUUAUUUGACACAGAUCUAACAUUCACAUCCUGUGAAGUAAAACAAACAAAAACAGUACUGUAUCAAAUAGAUUUUUUUAUUUACUCAAGAAUUGCCAACAAGGUGAAAAUAAUACUGCUGUACUUCAUUUGACAAUAUUCUAUUAUACAGUUUCCACAAUGUGAUUUUCGUUUGUACCUUUUUGCAAAAAUACUGUUAAAUCAAUGACCAUAGCUAGAUCAUUAUGGAUGUACUGUAAUGUAGACCUAAAUCAAUAUCAAAUAAACCUUAUUACAGACUA